AUGAUAAAAAUAUCGAAAACCACCACCGGCUCAGAUUUAACAGCAGAAAACACUAAUAAUCAUCAUAAUACAAACAACAUGGCAUACUCUUCUUCACCAACACACUCAAUUUACUUAGCACCACAACAGCAAGAACAACAUGAAAAACGUAGAAAACGACAUAAAAUAAAACACUUGCGACACCCACCGGCGUUUGAUACUUAUUUACGUCCUAGAUCAAAUUCUUGUUCCUCAUCAGAUGGUAGUAGACCAAGUUCUGUGAGCCAAGCUGAAGAAAUGUUAAAUAACCCAUCUGCUGAAAAUGAACCAAUAAUUGAUACUUUUGGGAAAGCUUUACGAAGAGUUUCCUCAGCAUUAAAAUUAAACGGCUUAAUCGAAAAUUCUGAUUUCAACAAGUUAACUAGUGGAGAAAUCGAAGAAGAAGAAUGGGAACCAGAAUUUGAAGAAAGUUCGUCUUCAGAAUCCGAGGAAGAAUUUAUUAUGAAUAACAAAGAAUAUUGUUAG